GGCCGGUGCCUUUCUACAGCGGCGUUCCACUCGGGUUGGUCUCUCCCCCGAGGCACGGCCGCCGCCGCCGCCGCGCUCGGUCUAAUCGGAAUCUAUUUCUCGACGCGACUCCGCUUCCCCGGCUCCCCUCUCACCCUUCCGCGCCGCCGCCGCCGCCGCUUGUAGUGGUUGGGGGGCGAGCGGCCGCUCGAGAGCGAAGCGAUGCUGGAGAAAGACAGGAUAGCCUACUUCUACGAUGGCGAUGUGGGCAAUGUCUACUUUGGGCCAAAUCACCCGAUGAAACCACAUCGACUUUGUAUGACACAUCAUCUUGUGCUUUCAUAUGAUCUUCACAAGAAGAUGGAGAUAUAUAGGCCCCACAAAGCAUAUCCAACAGAGCUCGCACAGUUCCAUUCUGCUGAUUAUGUGGAAUUCUUGCAUCGGAUAACUCCUGACACCCAACACCUGUAUGAAAAUGAAUUACGUAGAUACAAUCUUGGAGAAGACUGCCCAGUCUUUGAUAAUCUGUUUGAGUUUUGCCAAAUAUAUGCUGGAGGAACUCUAGAUGCGGCUCGCAGAUUGAAUCAUAAAACAUGUGAUAUUGCUAUCAAUUGGGCUGGUGGAUUACCAUGCCAGGGUUCUCUAUAUUGAUAUCGAUGUUCAUCACGGGGAUGGAGUUGAAGAAGCCUUUUAUUUCACUGACAGGGUAAUGACUGUAAGUUUCCACAAGUAUGGUGAUUUUUUCUUCCCUGGCACAGGUGAUAUUAAGGAUAUAGGAGAAAGAGAAGGAAAAUAUUAUGCCAUUAACAUUCCACUUAAAGAUGGGAUAGAUGACUCCGGCUUUACUCGCCUUUUUAAAACAGUUAUUGCCAAAGUUGUUGAGACAUAUCUGCCAGGUGCUAUUGUUCUUCAAUGCGGGGCUGAUUCCUUGGCACGGGACCGUCUGGGGUGCUUCAAUCUGUCCAUUGAAGGCCAUGCUGAAUGUGUGAAGUUUGUCAAGAAAUUCAAUAUCCCUCUACUGGUGACUGGGGGUGGUGGAUACACAAAAGAGAAUGUAGCACGCUGUUGGGCUGUUGAAACUGGUGUUCUUCUAGAUACGGAGCUCCCAAAUGAAAUUCCAGACAAUGAAUACAUCAAAUACUUUGCUCCAGAUUAUACAUUGAAAGUAUCGAAUGUGAACAUGGACAACUUGAAUAGCAAGUCAUAUCUAAGUUCAAUCAAAGUGCAAGUCAUGGAGAGUUUGCGGGCCAUACAACAUGCGCCUGGUGUUCAGAUGCAAGAGGUUCCACCAGAUUUUUAUAUCCCAGAUAUUGAUGAAGAUGAGCUGGAUCCUGAUGAACGUGUAGAUCAGCAUACCCAAGACAAGCAGAUUCAUCGCGAUGACGAGUACUAUGAAGGUGACAACGACAAUGAUCAUGAGGACGGGGCCCGUUGAAAAAGGUUCUUUGUAUGAUGAAACUGGAUAGAGAAAGUCUGGUGCUGUUGCGCGGUUUAACAGCGUUAGGUGGGAAAUACUGUCAAUUGACUUGUUAGGAUCUAACACCUUUGCCUGCAUAUAGUGCGUGUACGUUCCUACUUUUUAAUCAGUUACAUAUGCUAGUUGCAUGCAGAGAUUGCAAAUUCUUAGUCGGUGGUAAUGAUUCAUAGUUUUUGGCUGCACACAUUUUUCCUAUCUUUUUUUGUUUAAACCCGGCGUAUGUGGUUAUCAGGUUGGACCUACUCUCAACGUCCUUAAAAAGAAAUAAACUUCUAUAAUUUGGAUA